GUGUUGCAUUCAAUGAUCGCCAAUUGCUAGGAAAAAGAAGAAACGAAGAGGCGUGGUUUUGCAGGCCAGGAAGAAUCCAACUUCUAAACCUAAGAUAGCGAGGACUUCACACGGCCUAUCUGAAGGCUUUAUGUCGGGACUGAAACCUGUGGAGUAGAGAUCAGUGGUCAGCGAGAGGACAGGAUUGUUGAGAAGGGCCAUGGCCUACUCGAGCUACAGCAAUCUGAGCAGGGCUCAACUUACCUUUGAGUACCUGCACACAAACUCGACAACCCACGAGUUUUUAUUUGGAGCCCUCGCAGAGCUUGUGGACAAUUCCAGAGAUGCUAACGCCACACGAAUUGACAUUUACACAGAGAAAAAGCCAGAGCUGCGGGGCAACUACAUGCUUUGUUUUCUUGAUGACGGCACAGGAAUGGACCCAAAUGAGGCCACACACGUGAUCCAGUUUGGAAAGUCAAACAAACGGUCCCCAGAGUCCACUCAGAUUGGCCAGUAUGGAAAUGGGCUGAAAUCGGGAUCUAUGCGUAUUGGGAAAGACUUCAUCCUGUUUACAAAAAAGGGCAACACUCUGACCUGCCUUUUUCUGUCAAGGACUUUCCAUGAAGAGGAAGGACUCGAUGAGGUAAUAGUGCCUCUCCCUUCCUGGGAUUUGGUAACCAAAGAGCCACUGACGUCUGACCCAGAAAAGUACGCUACAGAGACGGAACUGAUCUUCAAAUACUCACCUUUCAAAAAUGAACAAGAGUUGAUGGAACAGUUCAGCAAAAUUGAAAGUAGCAGUGGUACCCUGGUGAUCAUCUAUAAUCUGAAACUUAUGGACAACAGAGAACCUGAGCUGGAUGUCGAGACGGAUCACCAGGACAUACUGAUGGCUGGAACGCCUGCGGAAGGAGUGAAACCAGAGCGGAGGUCGUUCAGAGCAUACGCUGCUGUGUUGUACAUCGACCCUCGCAUGAGGAUUUUUAUCCAGGGACAUAAAGUGAGGACCAAGAGGUUGUCCUGCUGUCUUUACAAACCAAGGGUUUAUAAGUACUCAUCAACUCGUUUCAAAACACGUGCCGAGCAAGAAGUCAAGAAAGCAGAUCAUCUAGCUCGGAUUGCGGAGGAGAAAGCUAGAGAAGCUGACAGCAAGCGUUUGGCAAUGGAGACAAGACUUGGAGACGAUGUGUCAAAAGACUCUCGGACUCUCCUAAGGAAGGUUCAGGAUUCGGCCAUGAUGCUUAGACGGGAUGCUGAUAUGAAGAAAAGAAUUCUAGAGUCCAAACAGAAAGCAUUAAAGGAGCCCAAAGAGUUGAACUUCAUAUUUGGGGUGAACAUUGAACUGAGGGACCUGGAUGGAAUGUUUGUGUACAACUGUUCUCGUCUUAUCAAAAUGUAUGAGAAGACUGGUCCUCAGCUGGAGGGAGGCAUGGCCUGCGGUGGUGUUGUUGGCGUAGUGGAUGUCCCGUAUUUAGUUCUGGAGCCGACUCAUAAUAAGCAAGACUUUGCAGAUGCUAAAGAGUAUAGACACUUACUGAAGUCCAUGGGGGAACAUCUGGCUCAGUACUGGAAGGACACUAACAUAGCUCAGAAAGGCAUCGUGAAAUUCUGGGAUGAGUUUGGGUACCUGUCUGCCAGCUGGUCCGCACCUCCAUCUUCAGAGGCAAGAUACAAGAGACGCCGAGCCAUGGAGAUCCCACUUACUAUUCAGUGUGAUAAAUGUUUAAAAUGGAGAACGCUGCCUUUCCAGAUGGAUGCUGUUGAUAAACGCUACCCAGACAGUUGGGUGUGUCUUAUGAACCCAGACAGCACCCAGGACAGAUGUGAUGCACCUGAAAAGAAACCCAAUUUGCCCUGUGGUGUCCUGAAGAAAGAAAAGCAGACAGCUGAAGACAAGCAGAAGGAGCUGGUAGAUAAAAUCAAACAGCAGCAGGAGAAGCUUGAAGCCUUACAGAAAACAACCACUAUCAAAUCUGCGGCAGAUAUAAAGAAACUGCCACUGGAUGUUAGUAUGAAACCAGCAACAGAGAGCUCCUCUCAGGCAAGUCGACCUUCAGACAGGGCACGGCCCCGAUCUCCGCCUCUGCCAGCUCACCUCAAGACAGCGCUGAAUACUCCAACAACUCGUGCUCCCUCUCAGCGACCCACCCGGACGCCUGCCCCUCCCCCUGCUCCACCUAAGGUUGAUUCACCCAGGUCCAAAGCAAAGCCCCCCGCAGCAAAGCCUACUGCCAAACUUUCUGCAAAAACACCCCCACCAAGCCGUACCUCACGGUCCCUCACUAAGGCAUCAGCCAAACCAGCAGCUCCUGUACAGCGUAAGAGAAUAAUCGAGCAGGAGGACAGUGAGGAAGAAGAGGAGGAGGAGGAGGAGGAGGAGGUUGAUGAAGAAGAAGAGACUGAGGAGAGUGAUGAAAAUGAACCCCAGACAAAGAAGUCAAAGAUGGCCAGUGCUGCUGAUAACAGGGGGAAAGUGGUGGAGAAGGCCCCAACUGCCAAACGUAGCAAGAUAGACGAGGUUAACAAACCUUCCCAGCCUGGAAAGAAAGUGGUUGCUACUCCUCCGCGGCAGACCGCUGUUGUUAAACCCAAGGCACCCGAGAAGGCACAACAGCUGGAGCCAGAGAACGACAUUAAGAAUGCUCAGAAAGAUAAGGGGCUACUAGUUGAAGUCCGUGUCAACAAGGAAUGGUAUACUGGAAAAGUCAUUGCUGUGGAGACCAACAAACAGAGCAUUCGCUGGAAAGUCAAGUUUGACUAUGUCCCUAGAGCCACCCCUAAAGACAGAUGGGUGUUUAAGGGCAGUGACGAGGUCCGACUGAUGCGUCCACCAUCCCCCAUCACCCAGACGCCUGACACCCAGCAGGAGACAGAGAAAGUAUCUGCAGCCAUGGAGCCAGAUACCACACAGCCUGGAACCAGUCGAGAGGUGACCGAGAGCCUGGUCACAAUGUUGAGGACAAUGUUGCGUUACUUCUUCCCCCCUGCUUUUCGGAUUCCAAAGGAUGAUGUUAAUGGCAUGACUGCAGAGGAGUUGGUGGCGUUUCCUCUGAAAGAAUACUUCCACCAGUACGAAUCAGGUCUCCAGUCACUGUGCAACUCGUAUCAGAGCAGAGCGGAUGCCAAGGCCAAAGCUGUGGAAGAGAAAAGCAACAGCACAGAGAUAAAACUCAAGGAGGCAGACGAGAAACUACAGAAACUGCGAACGAACAUUGUGGCACUUCUGCAGAAAGUUCAAGAGGAUAUUGACAUCAACACGGAUGAUGAGCUUGAUGCAUACAUUGAGGACCUUCUCACCAAAGGAGAUUAAGGAGAAAGAAAGAACAUGGACAUAAAAGUUUUGUGUUGCAACCCUCGCUACAAAAAAAUGUCAUGUGACUUAAAACUCGGGGUUGUGUUCAUUGUUAAACAUUAUUCCUGUUAAACAGAUUUUUCUUUUUUCCAUUUAGCAACAAGCAUGCACUCUGCACUGCACUCUUUUAUUUUUGGUUUUACAUUGUUGGCAGCCCUCUGGCCUGUGGAUUUUGUUUUAGCCUUUUAUAAACCUGCUUCUAUUGUAUAGUGUUGAUCUGUGUUUAAGACACUAACUAACUUUACACUUUGUAGGUUUAAUACUAUUUAGGGUGUCCUUAUAGUCAGCAAAUACAGUGACACAAAACUACAGACUUUGUUCACCAAGUAUUUGACGAGUUUGGGUUGAUCGGACCCAAGAGCUGUACUGCUAUCUUUAUGUCAUGGUUAACUAUCAUUUUUGUACACAACAGUGUUGCCCAUUAAUAUGACCCAUCCUGGGCACCGUAACAACCUGAGUCACUCACACUAAGAAAUUCAUACUGGGUUUUAUCAGUAUAAAUGUGCAGUAAUGCCUGUUCUGUAAUUAUUUCUGAUCUCAGUUACUGCAGAAGUAAGAAUGUUUGUAUUCAUUAUCUGUACCAGUGUCCUUUUUUGGAACAUUUUUAACAUAUGAAAAUGUUUUAUUAAACUUUGCAUGCUUCAGUCAUGUUUAUGAAUCCGAAGAAACGGUUCUGUAUUUUUUGACAAAUCUUUACUUAAACAAUAAAGUGUUUCACCCUUGAUGUGUAUAUUUUGAUGCAAAAAUAAACAAGGCUAAGAUUAAAAUGAAAAUGUUUGAGUACAAUGAGA